AUGAAGGGGCUUCACGAGGCUGCCAUCAAAACAGGGAUAUUAGUCCCCGGUGGAUCUUCUCUGAAUACGGCACGCUGUGCACAAGCCAUUCUCCCGCCCAGGCAGGUUGUCUUCUUCGGGUCGAUUGGAGGUGACCAAUUUGGUGAAAUCCUGCAGACGAAAUGCAAUGAAAUCGGGCUUGGAACGGUCUUCCAAAUAAGAGAUGGCGAGAAAACCGGGACAUGCAUUGCCGUGUUAAACGGAGAACAUAAGACCAGAAUUUUAUUUGGAAACUAUGACGAAUUUUCGCAUCUAUUUAGAAAAAUCAUCGACAAAAAGGCCGAGUUAAAUAUACUCGAGGAAGAACAUAACUUUCCGACAGUUGAGGGAUGUACAGACGAACUGAUGCCAUCUCUUUUCCGGUUUUCUAAAAGAUACCCAAUUAUGAACAUUAUCAUCACAAAUGGAACGUACCCUACAAUACAUGCCAUCAAUGGAAACAUUCUCUCCCAAAAUGUGCAAUUGGUAUCUCCAGAAGAGAUUGCUGAUUCGGUUGGUGCCGGUGAUGCGUUUACUGCAGGAUUUCUUGUCCGAUACUUGACGGAUCAGGACAUAUUUUCCUGUAUCAAAUUGGGGCAUAUAUUGGCUGCCGAGAUUUUAAAGCUAUCCGGAGUCCCAUUUAAUCUUCCUUUCCACAAUCCCGAUAUGGGCCCAAUAAAUGCCAAGUGA